GCCAAACCGCGACCCUUUUUCUUUGAUAUGCGACCCACUUGGGUGUUGGAUCUGCUUUAAUUGUUGCAUCAUGCCAUAAGAUGUCCUGAAAAAAUGAAUGGACGGUGGAUUUCUCACCAAAAUCACAAUGGGCCACUUAACCUAAUCUUGCUUAAUGCACAAGCAAAGGCUUCUAAUGGUUGAAUUUUUCUCUCAUUUUUUCUCCACGUUCCUUUUUCUUUCACCCUUUUAAACUCGUUCCAAAAAAGCGCCGACUCUCCUCUCUCUCUCACUCUCUCUCUCGACCCGCAGCGACUCUCCUCCCUCCCUCCCUCCUUCCCUCCCUCUUGAUCGACCCGCAAUCUCUUUUUUCUCGACCCUCUCUAUUCGUGUUCUCUGCCAACCCUCUCUCUCUACCUCAUCUGUCAGUAUUCAUUCUUUAACCUACCCUCUUUCCCUCUCUCUCGUCUAAGGACCCUAUCCGUCUAGACGGGCCCCUCCAACGGUAUGCCUCGGAGAACCUCAUUGAAGGCUUGCCUGCAAAAGUUGGCAUCCUAGAUAUUUCGGGCAUCUUUACAACACAAGAAAAACCAGGCUACAUGUCUAAAUCGCUGGAUAUCCUAGCCUGUGAGUAGAGAUGGGAUCUGGAAAAUCAGCAACAUCUCCGUUAUUGAUGUUUGUGGCUCCAUCUCAAGAUGUCGUUGCUGAUGUAUUGAUUUUCAGGACCGUCUAUACCAUGAGGCUGAGAUUGCAAUACUUGAUAUACAGCUGCAAUAGGGCACAAAUACAAGAUAGUCAAACCAUCCUUGAUCUUGGCUAUGGACAAGGACCAUUUACUUCACAUGUUGCUCUGAAGCAUAAAAAUUGUUGUUUUACAACUGUUACUGAUUUGAUCUCUCAGAAGGACUUCAUAAAGGAGCAAUGCAAGUAAGACUUCAAAUCGUAUUAAAGUGGAUUAGUUUGUAGAUGUGCUUCCUUGGAUUGUAUAUGUAAAUCUCAUACUGUUAUGCAUGGUUUGCAUCUUAGAA